UAUUCGAAUCGUAGAGAGACUGCAGCUGGGCGGCGCCUUACUUCUGUUGCAUUUGCACCCCCAGCUUCUCCCCCGAGCCAGAGGAUGUCUGUGCUUAAUCAGAAGUCUGUCUUGGAUAUGAUUAAAGACUUCAGAAGGAAUUGGCACACACUUUGUGAUUCGGAGAGAACUACUGUAUGUGGUGCAGACUCCAUGCUCUUGACAUUGCAGCUUUCCAUGGCAGAGAACAACAAACAGCACAGUGGAGAAUUUACAGUCUCUCUCAGCGAUGUCUUAUUGACCUGGAAAUACUUACUACAUGAGAAAUUGAACUUACCAGUUGAAAAUAUGGAAAUGAUUGAUCAUUAUGAGGACAUUAGGAGGACUUAUGAUGAUUUCUUAAAGAAUAGCAACAUGUUAGACCUGAUCGAUGUUUAUAAAAAAUGUAGUGUCGUUGCCUCUAAUUGUGAAACUAAUGCCAACAUAUCGCCCAGUCAACUACAGGAUUUUCUGUCUGGCAAACAGUAUGCAAUAGAUGAUGAAACUGAUCUUUAUGUACCAACAUCAUCAAUGAGUAAGCACAACCAGGAUAAUGAAAAGGUGAAGUUACUGGCAAAGAAAAUUAUCUACUCAUAUUUGAACUUGCUAGUGAAUUCAAAGAAUGACCUGGCACUGGCUCAUAUUCUCAAUAUUCCUGAUAGAGGACUUGGAAGAGAAGCCUUCACCGAUUUGAAACAUGCUGCUCGAGAGAAACAGAUGUCUCUCUUUUUGGUGGCCACAUCAUUUAUUAGAACACUGGAGCUUGGAGGGAAAGGCUAUGCACCAUCACCAUCUGAUCCUUUAAGGACACAUGUAAAAGGAUUGUAUAAUUUUAUUAAUUUCACUGACAAAUUACAUGAGAUUCUUGGAGAAAUAUCAAAUCCAAGCAUUGCAGGGAGUCGGAUACUCUCAGUGAUAAAGAUGCAGUUGAUUAAAGGUCAUAACAGCAGGGACCCUUUUUAUAAAGCAGUAGAGGAAGUUGCUCAGGAUUUGGAUUUGAGGAUUAAAAAUAUUAUCAGUUCUCAACAAGGAGACGUAGCUGUUUGCACCACUGACAUCAGUCCUGCACGGCCAAAAUCUUAUGCCAUAAACCAUGGCACAGCAUACUGUGGCAGAGAUACUGUGAAAACUUUACUAGUUCUUUUGGAUGAAGAAGCAGCCAGGGCUCCUACCAAAAACAAAGCAGAGCUUUUAUAUGACGAUGAAAACACAAGUCAUCACAAUGGAACUUCUAUUCUUACACUUUUCAGGUCUCCCACACAAGUAAAUAAUUCAUUGGUGCAACCCCUAAGAGAACGCAUCCAUAAGUCAAUGGAAGAGAAAAAACUUAAGAUGAAGCAAACCUUAAUUAGAUCCCAGUUUUCUUGUACUUAUAAAGAUGACUGCCUGAUAAGCAGGAAUACAUGGAAUAAUGUUAAUUCCGCAUCAAAGCCAUUGUGUGUUCCUCACAUGGAAAAUGACUGUUCUGAAGGUGUAAAUUCAUCUGUUGGAAGACCAACAAUUGGAACAAGUUCUGGAAAUGUUCAUCUGGACAGAAGUAAAAAUGAAAAAGUAGAAAGAAAAUCAACUAGUCAGGCAGGAAAGAAAAGCUCAAAAAGGAAACAGGUGGAUUUAGAUGAUGAAAAUAUUCUCUGUGAUAAUGGAAAUGAGCCACCUCGACAUAAAAAUGUUAAGAUACCUAAGACAUCAAACGAUUUGCAGAAUAAAUUGGAUGGCAAACUAACUAGAGUGGCAAAAAGCAACAAGUGUUCCGCCAAGGACAAACUGAUUACUGGCCAGACAAAGUUAACUCAGUUUUUUAGACUAUGAAUUUGUCUUUUAUGUGCUUCAGAUUUAUGGACAUGCAUAAACCGUUCACCAAAGACAUUACUUAAUUUUUAAGAGACCAAGGUGUAAAUUAUGAUGCUUUAUUAUUUUGGUCUGGAGUGUAUGUAAGGUUAGUAUGUUAAGCAUUGUUUAAAAAAUACUACUAAGUCAUAAUUAUGCAGAAUAUUCACAAAGUUUAAUGCACAGAUAAAGCAUAUCAUUUAGGUUACUGAUAUCUCUUAAUAGUAUUUUCAUUUAAAACAGACAUUUAAAAUAAUGCAAGUCAUAGUAACAUUAAGGGCUUUGGCCCCCACAGGCAAUUAAAUGAUUUUGUUUUCUUCUGAAAAGAUGACUUAGACCACCAGGUAUCAGACUUGCCAACACGGUCGAUAGACUCUUCCCAGCAUACACCUGAGCACUGAUGGAAAAACAAAAAAGUUUUAAUUGUUUAAAGGACUAUUGUCAUCACACAAAAUUUAUCAGAAAUAAAAGAAUGGAUCUAGUAUAGCUAAUUCUGAGUAAGUCAAAAUUAUAAUACUAAUAAAUGCUUUUUAAUCCCACAUAUUUGGCAGGGAUCACAUAUCAAGUGUCACUGAACCAUGGUCUUAUUUAAUUUUGUUAUGAUUGGAUCCAAACUCAGUUAAACUCUGUGUUAAGAUACAAGAAUUGAAUUUGAAAAGACUACUCACUGUCAAAAUCUCUCCUUCCUAUAGGAAAUUUAGCUGAGUUUUCUUCAUCCCCCAUUUCUCUCUUUUCUUGUGUUGAUUGAGUAUUCUGAACUCCAUUCUCAGCUGGAAAAGCUACAGAUCCUUUUAGAGCAAGAUAAGGUUUUAUAGCCAGAUUCAGUGGCAGACCAUUAUUUAGGAAAUUAUGUUUGGAUCCUGCAUUCUGUAAAGAAAAGGUUGAUUUGUGUUUUAGCUGUCUUAUUGGGAAUGGUAAUAUAAUACAAUAGCAUGAUAUUCUUAUUGAUCAAUACAGAGAUGCUCCAUACUGUUUUGCCUUUAAAAAAGUACUUUCGAUACACAUUUGUUUUUUUUUUUUGGGGGGGGAACUUUUGGAUAAGAGUUGUUGUCCAGGAUGAAAGAACAACCUGGUAUGUAUGAAAUUUCAUCAAUUGUCCUAAUGCAUAUUGUGACUAUUUGCACAUAUUUCUGUUUAUAAAAGUAUUGACUUUUAUAUGAUUCAUAAAAAUCAUUCAAAUAUACAUUGAAAUAA